GUUCCAUUUCCUGUAGCGUUGGUCGACAACGGUUCUGGUCCACUACAUUCCUAAACUUGCACUUCUGACUUCUUCUUGUGAAAGUCGCCACUGACAGAGCGGAGACGUGAGCCACUCCGUGACUGAUCCAAAUGAAUCACAUUCCGCCCUACCAGGAGUCCACGUUUGCGAUUCAUCAACGAUAUGAAGAUACAUCCCUGGUGAUCUUUCAUCAGAUUCAGAAGUCACGGCCAAAGGGAACGCAGAGGGUUGGAGGUCGUGGCCCUCAGGCUGAGCCAAUCAAAUUGCAGCAUCCGGUGGGUGGAGGUCAGGGAGCGGUGGGAGCUGCAGCUUCUCCCAACCGGACGACGCUACCUGAUGACCAGUCGGGGAGCAAGGUCUGCCAGCUUAUUUAACAAAGAUCAAAUUCCAAGAUCAAGAAAUAAAAGUUGGAUGUAACCAAGGAAAGAAAGUCAGAGGCGAUCUUUUUGUUGUGGACAGAAAGGAUAUCACUAGAAGUAGCAGCCAGACAAGAGAAAUAAAAGAAGAGAAAGGAAAGAUUUGUAUGUAGAGAGAGGGGUUCUGGAGAUCAACAGAGGAAUUUUGUAGAUUUCAGACAGACACUUUAUUUGUCCAAAGAAGGAUGUUGUAGCUCACAGUUUGGGACUUUGCAACAGUAGCAGCCUGGCAAGUCUUUUUUUGGUGGUUAUUAGUAGAUUUUUUGUCGGUGAAUGUUUGUAACAUUAGUGACGUAUUUGUGCAUCAAAGAAAGAUUAAACUUUUGAAUGGGACCAAGAAUUUGAAGCGUGGUAAGCGAUUUAAGCGAUGGCCAUGGAACUACACCCUUUCUUGGAGCCUGACAUACGACCUGCGGCCAACUGGUGGUAUGUGGUGUCGGCGGCCGGCCAGAACCCCACCAUGCGCGUGGGCCACUCGGCCACGUAUGUCCCCGCCCUGCAGGAGGGAGAACACGACCGCGUCUUCGUCAUCGGGGGAGCGAACCCCUCUCAAGUGUUCAGCGAGGUGUAUGUGCUGGAUCUGCACACUCGUGCCUGGGAUACUCUGGAGGCGCCGGGUUUCCGCGGUCGCUACGAGCACUCUGCCUUCCGGGUGGAGAAUCAUCCCGGCAAGAUUUUUGUGUUUGGGGGAGCCACACAGGAGGGCAACCUGAACGACCUCCAGAGUCUGGAUGUGUCCAGCGGGGCCUGGGCCGAUGUGGAGACGAGCGGAGAGCCACCCUCCCCGCGCACACAUCGCUGCGCCACGGUGGUGGGAAGCAAGGUCUACGUCUACAGCGGGGGACAGAGCGGGCCCGACCCAGUGAGCGACCGCCGGGUGCACUGUCUGGACACGCAUACCAUGAGCUGGACGACAUUGACCACUCGAGGCGACGCGCCCAAGCCACGCCAUGGUCACAUGAUGAUCCCUCACAACAACCGCAUCUAUCUGCAUGGGGGGAUGGCGGGGGCAACCUUCUACGACGACCUGCAUGUUCUUGACCUAGAGCGCAGUGCCUGGAGCAAUGUGCGUAAGAAACGCAGCAACCCGCCACCCCGCGCAGCCCAUUACGCUGUGGUCCACAGUGAUGCUAUCUACAUGUUUGGGGGCAUGAGUGGGGCAGGUGCACUGGACGAUGCUUACAAACUUAAUACAGAGACCAACACCUGGACCAAGCUGGACUUUGAGGGACCAGCCCCGGCCAACAGACUGGACUUUGCCCUGUGUGUGGUCAAACUGCAAGUCCCGAGAGCCUCGGCGGUUCCAGCCCACGCUCAUGGCCAGGAGGACGACCCCUCUGAGACCAGCCUGAAGGCGCGGGAGGUCCUGGAGAGAGAGCUCAAGCCUGGGAGUGCCAGCUCACGUGACUCUGUCUCUGACAGUUCUUGUGUGAGUGAAGCCCUGUUUGCCUUGGAGGCAGAUCCUUCUGCUCAAGGGCAACAACCCAGCACUGAGACAAGCGGCCCGGUGGGGGACUGCGGGAAAGUGUCGGCUCCCCUGGAGGGCAACACAGAGGAAGUGACCAUGGUGUUGGUUAACGGUGGCAUGGACACGGAGGGGGAGAUUUUCGAUGACACGCUGGUUUUGUUGUUGUGACCCGUACAUAGAGGGAGAGGUGUACGGUGACAGGCCUGUCCUUUUGUGA